AUGUAUCGUUCGGAUGUCGAUUAUUGUGACCGAUGGUCAAGAGAAAAUUUUCAGGGUUCAUUGCAUUGGGAAAUGUUUUCAUUUAAAGAUUCUAAAGAAAAGGAAUUUUUAAAGAAAUUUCAGCUUUAUGGUGAUGUCAGACAAGUUGAUGAUUCACAAUCUUAUCAUGUUUUGAAUAUAAGUGAAAAUACUGUUUCAUUAAAAAUAAUUGUAAAAAAAGUAAAUUUGGUGACAAAGAAUCUCGGAAGAAAAAGUUAA